GAGCUGCAACAUGUUGUAAAAUAACAAUAAAAAUAAUACUAUGAAAAGAUAGAUGUUAAAGCCAAGAAAAUAAUAAAGCCAACUUGAAAGAAAUGGUGGCAACGGAUACGUUAUACAAACGAUCAGAGGCGUGUCUACAGUGUAUUGAAAAAGGUAUUCGCUUUAGACCCCCGAUUAAUAUGAAUUUUUUUAAGACUCCAAAAUUUAAAAUAAUUUAUAAUCUAAUGAUUUAGACUUAUUUUUUAAAAAUCCUUUCCACAUAGUAGAUUAACUAACCUUCAGAAAGCUUCAUGGAAGUCACUGAAAAAUCGGCAAUUUCACACGGAUGGCGCGGGAUUCUAGUAGGUAGGGAUCUACUAAAAGAGAACAUGGGAUGGGUUGUUGGAGACGGCUCAUCAAUUAGUGUGUGGUAUGACCCAUGGCUCAGCCUCUCCGCACAGCUGAGACCAACAGGACCGGCGACAGAGGCAUCUAUGAACCUAACAGUGGCUGACCUGUUUCAUGAGAACUCACGAACUUGGGACAGGGAAAAAAUCCAACGGCUGCUCCCCCAAUGGACAAAGACCAUCAUGACCAUCAAGCCUAGCAUUACGGGAGCCCCAGAUAAACAAGUAUGGCUGAGUACGCCAUCCGGAGAGUACACGACAAAGUCUGGAUAUCAUACUGCCAUUGCUAGGAAAACAGAGGAACCAGAGCAGAAUACGGAAGACGGAGAACUGGAAUGGUUCAAAGGGGUGUGGAAUCUACAUACUUCACCAAAAAUAAAGAUGUUUCUCUGGAAGCUGUUUCAACAAGCUAUGCCAGUGGGAGAGAUCUUAAUCAGGAGAGGGAUCCCAACAGAUGGCUUAUGCAAAAGAUGUGGCACAUUGGAAUCUAUAGAUCAUCUUUUCUUACACUGUCCGUACGCAGAGGAGAUAUGGAGAACUGCUCCUUUUGCAACGACUGUUGUGGCCAGCGGAUUGAUAGAUUUGAAGAGUGUAUGGCUAAAUUUGUAUGGAAGGAGCUGCUUGCCACCAACUGGAAUUGUCUCAGGCCAGCUUGCACCCUGGAUAUUGUGGCAGAUUUGGUGUGCUAGAAACCAACUUGUUUUUGAAGGGAAAACGACGUCAGCGGAAGAGACGAUGACAAAAGCGAUGAGCAUGGCUCGAGAAUGGACAAACAGUCAAGUGACUGACAAGAAGAAGUCAUUUACUACCAAGAGCCCGCCUCGAAUCCGGAUAGAAGAGAAUUGCACAGUGGUGAAUACAGAUGCAGCAUGGAGAGCUACUACCCAAGACGCUGGACUAGGAUGGACCAUAAAGACGCAGCAAAGAGAGUAUGAGUUCACCUCGUAUAAUCAAUGUGUUGGAUCGGCAUUGUCAGCAGAGGGACUCGCAUUGCGAGAAGCGCUCCUCAGAUGCAAAGCGAUGGAGCUGACACGCCUGCACUGCUGCUCUGAUUCGGCAACGUUGAUAAAAGCGAUCAACUCAGAAGAAACCCCACCGGAACUGUAUGAAAUUAUCUCUGAUAUUGAAUCUAUUUGUAGGUCUUUUGACCAAAUCUCGUUCUCUUGGAUAUCAAGAGGCCAAAACAAUGCUGCUGAUAAGCUAGCAAAACAAUGUUUGGUUGAGGGUGAAGUCUUUAUGGCUGAUACCUAACUUUGCUCUAUGCAUUAAUGGAAGUUGUGUUUCAAAAAAAAAAAAAAAAAAAAAAAGAGACUAAACGAUAAAAGUAAAGGUAGUGUUUAGUUUACUCUCACCCGUACAUUUUACCACACGAAGGAGUUUUUUUUACAACUCUUAACAAACUGUUGCACUGGUCUGUAACACCAUACUAUUAAAGACUACGUACAGUAAAACUAAUAAGGACAUUAGUGGGAAACAUGAUGAUGACUUAUUCGGCAUCACAUUUUGUCAAAUAGCACCGACAUUUAAACUUUAUAUGAGAACCACAUAUUUUUAACCGGUUAGUGUGAAAGUUUUGUCUUUAUAAAUGGGGAGCGUUUUCUCAAUAUCAAACAUAGAAAGUUCACUAAGAGAAAUAAUGGAGGAGAGUAGAGCUAUGUUGAAGUCACUGAUCUUACUAAUGAUGAUUUCCAGUUUUUGCCUCGAACUCACCGUUGCAGAAACCUACUGCCAUGCUCAACGUCGCUUGUUAAUUGACGCGUGCAAGAUAUUGAUUUUUAGGCAGGCUCCCCCCGCUGAAUGUUGUCGUAGAAUAAGAACGACUCCAGCGUGGUGCGUUUGUCCUUCUGUAACACCACAAAGAGCGGCUCUCAUCGAUGUCAACUACGCUGUUGGGGUAAUCCGUCAGUGCGGUCGAUAUGUAGCUCGCGGUACCAAAUGUGGAAGUAUUACAGUUCCAUAAAAAAAGCCGUUCGAGACAAUGGAGACGAAAAUAUCGUUGCCUGAAAACUAUCGUCCGUACUGUAUGAGUAUUCCACGUUGUAUCUGUUUUAAUAUUUGGGGAUUAUCGUUGGUCUUAUUUUGAUGUAGAAUAAAAUGAUGUCUGAAACUUUAUAUAUUUUCUAUCUGAACAAGUUUAUUGCGUUGCAUGUGA